CAUUGCUGCUCUGCAGUCAGUUUCCUUCACGUUAUCCUGGCCUCAUCUGUGUGUCUUUGGCUGCUCUCAGAUCAGCGCCGCUCCGCCUCGGAAGACGGUUUUCGCGGUAAACUCGAGCCUGAGCCGCGGAAUCAGUCAGACCUAAGGAAACACCGCAAACAAUAGAGCCAUGCCGUCCAAUGUGGAGAUCAAAGCAAAGGUGAGCGACCCGACGGAGUUUGCAGAGAAGGCAGCCCGGCUCAGCCAAUCAGAGGGCACUAUCAUCAGGCAGCACGACACCUUCUUCAACUGUGGCCAUGGACGAUUGAAGCUACGAGACUUCAUGAAUGGGUCAGGUCAGUUGAUCUUCUAUGAACGUCCAGACACUGAUGGACCCAAACUGUCUCGUUACUCCAUCAGUCCAACCAACGACCCAACAAGUCUCCAGACUGUGCUGUCAGAUGCCCUCGGGGUCAAAGGUGAGGUGCGGAAGGAGCGACGGCUGUUUCUCAUUGGUCAGACCAGAGUUCACCUGGACACAGUGGAGGGACUGGGACACUACAUGGAGCUGGAGGUGAACACACACACACACACACACACAGUUAGUGGACAACAGUUUUCUCUGGGAAACACUGAGACAGUUGGUGAGACAAAUAAACAACUUUAUUGGCACAGUUAAGAAAAAUUAACAGACGAUGAAGAUGAUCAUCAGUUGCAGCCCUGCUUUCAUUUUAAAUACAGUUUUUUUGUAUUUAUGUUUUAAAGAACAUCUCAUUCAUCAGGAAAAAAUGUGUUUUCAUAAAAAUGUUUUCUCAGAAAAUUAGUCUUCUAUAAUACAAGAAUACCAGUCCAGUAUUUGUGAGGAAAGUAUUGUGUAAAAGAGAUUUGUCAUUAAGAGAGAGUGUCUCUCCUGAUAAGAGUUUGGUGAGUGGACGAAUAUAUCACCA